CCUUAUUAAAAAUUAAAAAAUUGUAGUGAAUUAUUUAAAACGAUACAUUUAAUCAGCGUUAUCAUAUAAAUUCCAUAAAAUUAGUUACUUCUAGUGAACUACACUAAUGAAAAGUAAAAAGUGUUAAAAAGUGUCCUUUUUGAUCAAGAAAAGUUACCAUUUAAAUUACAUAAUCUUAUUUUACCUUUAGUUAACCAACUUGCCGGCUUUAAAUACUAAAAUGAUUGAAAUAAAUCGAGUUUUAGUGUUAUAUGGUAGUCAAACAUUUACAGCCCAAGAGAUAGCUGAAAGAAUAUGGCGAAAAACUAAAGCACUUGGUUUUAGAGGUCCUGUUCAGGCCAUGGACGAUUACCCCAUAUCCCAAUUAAUUCAUGAAAAGUUUGCUAUCUUUGUAAGUUCAACUACAGGGCAAGGCGAUGAGCCUGAUAAUAUGAAGAAAUUCUGGAAAUUUCUAUUGCGAAAAAACUUACCUGCAAACUCAUUAAGAAAUCUUAAAUUCGGUGUGCUCGGACUAGGUGACUCAUCAUAUGAGAAAUUUAAUUUUGUUGGUAAAAAACUUAACAAGAGAUUAAUACAAUUGGGUGCAACACCAUUGUUAGAUGUUGGUCUAUGUGAUUAUCAACAUGAUUUAGGUCAUGACGCUGUACUAGAGCCAUGGUUAGAUAAGUUUUUUAUUGAACUAAAGCAAUAUUUUCCCGAAAUACAAAUGGAUGAAUUAAAUGACAAUUUUAUUCCUAAAUGGAAAGUAUCAUUGAUAAAGGAUAAAGAGAAUUUAAAUAAUAUUGCUUAUGAAGAUAUUUAUUUUGCGAAUGGACAAAAAAAUGCUUACUUAGAACCAAAGUUCCUAACAGUAGAGAAAAAUGUAAGGACAACGCAUGAGACACAUUUUCAGGAUGUCAGAUUAAUCACAUUCAGAUCAAAUAAUGAUAAUAAAUUAGAUUUUAAGCCUGGUGAUAUAUUCAAUAUAAGGCCAAGAAACUCUAAGGAAGAUAUAGAUGAUUUGUUUACCAUAUUUCAAUCGCAUGGUAUAGAUAUAAAACAUUAUUAUAAGCUUUUAGUAGAAGAAUAUCAUGAUGAUAUGCCUGUGCCAGAUUUCUUGCAAGAACCUCUCACGUUGUACGAAAUAGCAGAACAGUAUUGGGAUUUGAGAGCGUAUCCUACACAAUACGUCUUCUCUCUUCUAGCAUUAGUGUCGCAAGAUAAGUUGGAAAGAGACAAAUGUAUAGAACUCAGUUCAGCUGCGGGACAAGAGGAGUGGUUAAAUUAUUGUAGAAGGCCACGUAGGACUAUUUUAGAGGUGUUUCACGAUUUCCACAAAUCGACAUCUAAAUUAACCAUAGACAUUUUAUUCGAAUUAUUCUCGACCAUAAAGCCGCGUUCUUUUUCUAUAGCAAGUAGUGCGUUGUUUUCUAAUGGAAUUAAUUUCGAUCUACUUGUGGCUGUUGUUAAAUAUAACACAAAAUUAAAAAAACCAAGACUCGGUCUGACGUCUAAUUGGUUAAAAGAUUUACAAGUGGACGAUAAUGUCUAUGGUUGGAUUAAAAAUGGCACUUUUAAAUUUCCUAAGGAGAAUAUUCCACAAAUCCUAAUAGGUCCAGGUACAGGAUUAGCGCCAUUCAGAAGUCUCUUACAGGAAAGAGUGUCACAGAAUUUAGCAUCAAAAGAAAUAUACCAUUUGUUCUUCGGCUGUCGAUACAAAGAUAAGGAUUUCCAUUGUAAAGAAGAGUUGGAACAAAUGGUGGAAGACGGGAAAUUGAGCUUGUAUUGUGCGUUCUCUAGAGAUCAAGACAAUAAAAUAUACGUGCAACACAAAAUAUCCGAACAUGGUAAUAAUCUAUGGAAGCUGAUAAAAGAUGGCGGCUAUAUAUUUAUAUCUGGCAACUCAAAGAACAUGCCGGAUAACGUCAGGGAUGCUUUUAAAGAUGUUUUCUGUGAAAUCGGAGGUUUAAAUGAAAAUGAAUCUAAAGAUAUGUUACAAAUGUUAGAAAAAUCUGGUAAAUUACAAAUGGAGACCUGGUGAUAUAUAACAUUUUUUUUAAUACUAUUUGUAUAAAA